AUGGGAAGUCUUUCGGAAGGAGAAUAUCUAGCUCGUUCCAACCAUAUUAGCAUGAUCCAAGAUAUAGGCCAUAGUAAAAUUUUUUCCGACCAUGGUUUAGGCCCUGUUCCUAAAAGAUGGAAGGGUGUUUGUGCUGGUGGAAAAGACUUCAUAUGUAACAGAAAAAUAAUUGGAGCGAGAUAUUAUGCCGAUAACCCAGAACAUAAGUCUGCAAGGGAUAUUAAUGGACAUGGGACUCACACAGCCUCUACAGCAAUCGGAAGGGUUUUGAAAAACACCAGUUUUUUUGGUAUAGCAAAUGGAACUGCUAGAGGAGGCGUUCCGACGGCAAGAAUUGAUGUGUAUAGAGUGUGUUCAGCAGCUUGUAAAAGUGAUUUUAUUUUAGCUGCAUUUGAUGAUGCAAUUGCCGACAAAGUUGACAUUAUUACCAUUUCUGUUGGUGCUAAUUUUCCACAACCAAAGUUGAGUAAUGAUGUGAUUUCUAUUGGAUCGUUUCAUGCAAUAGAACAAGGUAUUUUAACUGUAAAUUCGGCGGGAAAUGAAGGAAGAUUCGGGUUUGGAACGACAGAAAGCUUUGCGCCAUGGGUUUUCACAGUAGCCGCAAGUACCGACAGAACACUAAAAAACAAGCUUAUCCUUGGAAAUGGUAAAACACUCAUGAGUACUACCGUGAAUGCUUUUGAUAUGAGCAACAACACAAAUUUGGUGUAUGGAACAUGUGUCGGCGGCCUUAGAUGCAAUGAAUCAAGUGCCAUGCAAUGCAUGCCCGAUUGUGUAGAUCCUCACUUGGUAAAGGGAAAAAUCAUAGUAUGCGAUUCUUUCGAAACAUCUAUGUUUUCAGCUGUUUCAACUGCAGAAAGUGUCGGUGCAAGCGGGGUUGUUCUUCGAACAAAUGAAACAUCAGUUUACGGGGUUGUAGCUCUACCCACAGCAAUAUUGAAUGACUCUAGCUUCCUGUAUCUUACGUCUUACCUCAAUUCCAAGACGGUGCACAUGGGACGCAUAACGAAGAGUGAGAUGGUUGAGAAUAAUACUCCUUUAAUCGCUUCUUAUUCGAGCAGAGGACCUAACAGAAUUUUUCCAGAAAUUUUGAAGCCAGAUAUAACCGCACCAGGCACAUAUAUUUUAGCGGCAUUUCUUCAAUCAUCGAAUCCUUCGUCCACAUCAGAUUCUAAAACAUUCAAGACUAAUUACACCUUCAUGACUGGAACUUCCAUGACAUGUCCACAUGUUGCUGGUGUAGUAGCUUACGUGAAAUCAAAACAUCCUGAUUGGUCUUUUUCCGCCAUCAAAUCUUCACUCAUGACUUCUGCUUGGAAUAUGAAUUCAAAUUACAAUUUAGACAAUGAACUUGGUCACGGAGCAGGGAAGGUUGAUCCAGUGAAAGCUCUAAAUCAUGGGCUUGUGUAUGAGACAUCUAUAGACGACUAUAACAAAAUGUUUUGUAGUCUCGGCUCAGAAGGUGAUAAAUUGAUAAAAAUGUUCAAAGGAAAAAAUAAGUGUACAAAAGGGGUUCCAACAUCAUCUCCAAAAGAUCUCAAUUAUCCAACAAUGACUACAUCGGUGCAUAAGAACUCAACUUUCACCGUAAAAUUCUCGAGAGUUGUCACAAAUGUUGGAAAUAGUAACUCUACAUAUCACGCAGAAACCGUUACGGGUGAUAGCAUGUACGUUCUUGUACCCGAAUCUCAGAGGAAUCUCGUCGAGUUUUUGGAUCAUCAAUCGGGGUCAGAGGUGAAAUUACAGUUAUUGGAGUGGCCAAGAGAAGAGGGCGAACCUAGAGAAUUUCCGGUUGAUAGUUUAGCCUAUACAGAGAUGGGUAAAAAGACCUCAAAGGAAGCUUGCUUAAUCGUCCACUUUUAA